GCGCGCGGAGUGCGCUCGGCGAACCAGGUCAAUAAUUGGGGCCACGCAGCCCAGAUGCAGCGGCUCCUCUGCGCCCUGCCAGAGGCAGCUCCGGACGACCGCGGAGCGCUUCGAGAUCGCCCUCGCCAGCUCGACAGCUACAGCGCUUAGCGAAGUUCUUCGGGCAGGUGGUCCCUAUACGUGGUGCCAUGGAGCGGCGCGUCAUCGGCUGCGCGGUCCUUGUCCUCUUCUUCCUGUGCAUCGCUGUCUGUCACGGCGGCCAUGCUCAGGGCCCAUUUCAGGGCCUCCAAGACGCGAUGACCAACACCUCGUGGGAAGAUCAAGUUAACAAGUCCAAGGUCAACAUCGACGCUGUCGCCAACGAGAUCUUCCCCUACGUUGUGGAAGGUUCAUCGGAACUCGACGUCUCGGUUGACUGCAUGACGGCGUUGCUCAAGACCUUCAAGGCCUUCCGAGACCUCAGGGGAUGGGCCGUUAGACUGAUGGAUGCAUCGGGCAAGCUACCCGAGGGCCUUCUGGAAGGGCGUAUGGCGUCCAUCGGCUCCUACGACGAAUGCCUCGACCUGAUCGCCGAGUACAAGACGCAGGAGCUGUACCGUGGCAAGUACUGCACCGUGUUCCUCUCAUCGGGCCACAAUGUGCAGGAGAUGUUCAACAACGAGACGGAUGCCUCGGCGCACCUGUCGACGCUGCUCAGGCACCCUAAGCGGAUGACUCGGAUCGUGUACCGCGUCUCUCCGGAGAGCCGCAAGUUUCGGCUGGGUGUCUGCGUGCCCUCUGUUUGCACUCUCGACGACGUGCAAAAUGUGGUCGCUCACACAUCUUCGAAGUCGAUUGGUGCGAAGACACAAGUUAGUCGCUGUGUAGUCAAAGAAGACGUGUCGAUUAGCGGACUGCAGGUCUUCCUCAUAAUCACUCUGUGCGUGCUUGUAAGCGUCAUACUUGUGGCUACUAUUCUAGACAUGCGGGUGGAGGACAACGCGCAGAAAGCUCUGCCUGGUGCAGGUUGCCUGACCAACUGUCUGCUGUCGUUCUCAUUCGCUCGCAACCUGCGCCGUCUCACGGACCCCGUGGAGCCUCCGGAGUUGGGUGCAGCACAGGGCGUGCAGGCGAUUAGCAUGGCUUGGCUCAUAUGCGGACACACCUACUUCCUCACUGAGAACACGCACAUGUUCAGUGGAUUGCUGAGGGCCUACGACAACAUCUCGAGUGACAUCCUGUUCUCUCCUUUUGUGAACUACACCCUGGCUGCCAACACCUUCUUCCUUGCCACCGGCCUAUUUCUGGCCUACAAGUGCGAGCUGUACUCUUACAAGUCGGUCUUCAGCAUUCUCCUGCAGAAAUACUUCCGUAUGACGCCGCCGUUCCUGGCCGUGCUGAGCGUGCUCCUGCUGCUGCCGCUGACCAACGACGGGCCCUUCUGGCAGGACUAUGCUGGUACUGAGAUAGAACGUUGCUCGGCGGUGUGGUGGACCAACCUCUUCUAUAUUAGCAACUUCUGGAACGCAGAAAGCAUGUGCCUGUUCGUGACAUGGUACCCAGCUACGGUUAUUCAAUUUACCAUCAUAGGGCUCAUCUUUCUUAUUGUCAUAAAAAGAAACGCAAAGGUUGGCUAUUCGAGCGUUCUCGGCUUUGCCCUCGCUGGGUGCGUGGUGACUGGGGCCAUCACAUUUGCCAAGGAUUUGCCUCCAGGAAGCAUCUUCGAGCCGAAUUACAGGGAAGUCGAGCGCCUGUCUACGUGGAUAUACCACAAACCGUACACGCACCUGGGCUCGUUUUGCGUUGGCCUUGGCCUGGGCUGUCUCCUUAGUCACUUCGACAAAAACCGGCUUUCCAAGUUGGCGUACGCCAUGGGUUGGGUGGCAAGCCUGACGACGACCAGCGUGCUCUUCCACUGCGGCUUCGGCUGGAGCGUUGAGCCAGCCAGUCCAGCGGGAGCCUCGUUGUACGCGGCGUUGCACCGGACCCUAUGGGCACUGGCCGUCGCCUGGGUCCUCUACGCCUGUUGCACCUUACACGCCCGCUUGUUGAACGAGUGGCUCUCGUGGGGGCCCCUGAAGGUGGUCGGCCGGUUGAGCUACUGUAUGCUCUUGGUCCACCCGCUGGUCAUCGUGUCACAAAAGUCGCAGAACCGGCACAUCACCUUCUUCUCGCACUUCGACAUGAUGCACCUCUUCUUUGGCCACUACGCCGUCACCUUAGUGCUGUCAUUCUUCGUGCACCUGGGCGUGGAGGAGCCGUUCGCUCAGUUAGGCGAGCUUCUCGGCUCGUGCGAAAUCACGUGCCCGCCCAGACUCAAGCAGCUUACGCAGAACCUUUACGCCGGCAUGGCCACCCAGCUGCAUCGCCGGGAGAGGCAGCAGCGGCAGGCUGCACCAGGCAGGAAAGAGGCACCCGAGGGCGGUAAGAAGGCCCAGCAGCCGUCGCAACAGCAGCAGCAGCAGCUGGACAAUCACCACACUGAUGUCGCCAUCGACGUGGACGUCGGCCGCCAGCUAGAGAACGGCACCGAAGUGGCCGUAAUCAAGGAGAAUGGCAAGGACACGUCCCACGUCGCGAGGGACGCUCACAGGGAUUCCGUUGGCAGCCCGGAAGCCGCCGUGUGAGACAGAUGGUGCACUCACAUUGGUUGCAGGAGGUGGCUGUCUUUUUUACGGACAGUGAACACGCUUGAACAGUGCUUGAAGGGGCGACUUGUGCUACUGUCAGUGACGUGGCACACGCUUUGCACGGGCGAUGAUUUGGCGGAACUGGGCCUCCUUAUCAGACUCGGUACUCGGAGAAGGGUCUCUGUGUCAUUGUUUAUUCUGAGCGUUUCAUGUCGCGCGUUGCUGUGCGCUGCGCAACGGGCAAGGAAUUCCGAGUUCUAGAUAGAUCUGAUGGCGCACGAUGUUUACCAAAUACAGCAGCCCGAGUAAUGCACUCUGAGCAAUAAGUCCGUGAAGCUAGAAGAACGAAAGUGAAAAGUCCUUCAGGCAGAUGAAAUUUCCCACAAUUCCAGCAUUCUGUGGUCCCCCCUUGAAGGGUGCACGGAUUCCAAGCAAUAUAGAUAGCCUCCAGCAGUUUGCUGGCGAGAUCCUAGAAGUUUCCCGAUGCGCUUAUUCGGUUUGCAACUAAAUAAAAUCCCCACAAUGCCUCCAUUCACGUACACGGGGUGUCAGGCCAUUCAUGUUCUUCGUCAUGAAUAAGGCGAGUGGUUCACGUGUUCUGCCGCAUCAUAAUUUAGAAUGUCAUGACCAAUUGAAAGAGUCAAUCAGACACUUGGAUGCUUUAAGAAUGUUAAUUUCUUUAAUCUCUGUUCUUUGAUCAGCGUAAUUACCGGCGACUCGACAGGAUACGGUCACCCUUAACUUGACUGUCUUUCAAAGUACCACUCAUGCUGCGCGCAUUUUUGUUUACUACUUCAAAACAAGGGAAUGAACGUGGAGUUAUGAAGCAAGCAGGGAAUAUUCAUUUUGUACUUUGUGCCCUUACAAGUUUUUUCUUUCUUUUUUUACUUUCAUUUCCUUACAGCAGUCGUAUUCAGGGAAGUGCACAUCGGAAUAAUGACAUGUGAAUGUGGAAGUUGUGGCAUGCGAGUGGUCACAUUGCCUCUAUUCCCCAUCGAAGAGUCUUCUCAUGGGUUCAGUGUUAACUCCAUUUAAACCUUGGUGCUAUCAAUUACAGCUCGUGGAUAGCAGCAAAUCUAAUUAAGAUGGCUAUUCGAAAGCGCAAGGGUACAUCCACCCGUAGUUGCACAGGCAUCAGACUUGCUUCGGUCUGAUGCCUGUUGGCUGAUGGCGUUGGCUGAUGAUGUUUCAGCACUUCUUAGGGCUUUAACUGCGAUGCAUGCGAUGCGCGUAAGCAACAAAAGAAACUUGUGAUACAUGUGAGUUUAAGGACGUAUUUACUUUUCUUUGUUGUACUGUCAUGUUCACGUUUUUACAACUAAAACACUUUCCGAACAUACUUCAGAAAAUGUACGCUACUCACAUUUUUUUGUAACUCAACUUUUUUUAUCAAUACCUGGUAACAUCAAUGCUGCCGUAACUUUAUUUAGUGCGAAAUAAGGGCGUCACAUUUGGUAAGUUCUACACUUGCUUCAUGUAGCAGCGUAGCCAAUUGAUGAUGAUCCCGUCAUCAUGCUGAUCAUUAGCUCUUCAUCAUGAUACAUGCCUAACUCGAAGCAUAAACUUACUAAAUGUUUCUUUCACCACUACCUUUACAAGUAUGCUGUGCACUGAAGGCGACGGCAGGGCAUCGCGCUCUUGACUUGCUCUGUGAGCGUCAUUGUCGAAGGGAAGUAGUGCCUAUACUAAUGAUCUGUCGUCUAAUCAAUAUUGAGGAAGUGGUUGUAUGCAAGAUCACACAAGCACCUUAGUACGUUAGUGGUGCCUUAGCAGUGUUCUAGCCUUUUGGCUGAAGAAGCACUGUUCAGAAAACUGGGCGACAUCUAUGAAGGCCAAGCCGGUUUUUUCUAGGGAAAUACUCGUCAAGAGUGCUUAGAGCAACAGUUUUAUGAAAUACAACGACUGCUGAAAUGCGGCUAUCCUUAACUUAGCAGCACACUGAAUUCGGCGAUUUUCAGCAUUGGGUAAAAGCGAUACAAACAUAGGCCGGCAUAACGCAGAUGUUCCGUUUUUUUUUUUCGACUAUAUUCGUCUCGUAAUCUGCAGCGCCGACUGUACUAUCCUGAUAACGACCUCGACCCCCCCCCCCCCCCCCCCCCCAGGUGCCAAUUCAUGAAAUGCGAAAAGAACAGGGGUGUAACUGAAUUGGUAUAUCAAUGUCAUGUUAUUUUGGUUCUCAAAUUAAAAAAAAAGUCGGUGAUUUGUUAAACAAUCCUUCUGGACAUCAUUUCUUCGAAGACUAAAUAUUGUUACUGCUCCCUACAAACUAAAGAGCUAUUCAAAAAUUAUUGGAAUAAAUAAAUAGAGAAUAAAAUUGUUACUUUAAAAUUUCGCUUUUAUCUAUCUGAAGAGCCACCUUACUGUCCCCCAUCCUUUAUCUCUUUUUUUUGUUUUUUGUACGGCAUAGCUUAGUAUCUCAACUUUUGCCGCUCCUCAUCAGGGUGUCAUGGUGUAGUAAACCUUAAUGCCAUCCAUACAGUGACGCUGUUUACGUGGACUUAUUUCGUUACAAGUUGUCGACUUCUUGAUACGCGUGUGACCUGGGAACGCUUUAUUUAGCCGAUUCAUUUUGUGUCAUCUUUCACUUUUUUCUUCAGUGGAACUAAGCUCUUCACUUUUUUUGGAGCCUAAUCAGAGCCAACCAUAGCAAAACCACAAAUAUGUUUUUACAUCGAAGUUGUAUGAUAGUGUACAUAGCUUUUUAUGGAGCUUAUGUCUUCAUCGUUCUGGAAACAUUCUGUAAAUAAAUGUUUGUCUGAAACAUA